AUGGGGACCACAGAGCUGGGAUCUACAUUUCGGCUCGUCUAUCUGACACUGCUUCUCUGCUUUCUCACUGAUACUGGUGAGUGACUCCUUAAAGUUUCUGCUUGUAUCUCCUACAAGAUGUUUGGAACAAAGAGGCAGACUGAGAGAUCUUCUAACAAAAAACAUCUGUUGGUGUGUGGUGGAGGACCCUAAACUUUAUGUGAUCAUCUAGUUUGAUAUUGUUUUGAUGCAUGGCUACAGAGAAACUUUUUUCAAUUGAUUAAUUUUUCCUAAAAGUCUAUAUAAAGUUCACAAAGUAUGAGAAAAGCCCAGUUUUUAGCACUUAAACUUUUAUGUAUCAAAAUCUUGACCAACUUAGAAGUCCAGACACCACAUUUAGUUUCAUGAAAAUGCAGAAAAGCAGCAAAGUCUGGUAGUCAAGGAGGCUAGAACAAGCAAAUCUGUCAGAAGUUUGUUUGAAGAAAAUCAACUUUCUUUGUCAACUAUCAAACAAAGAAUGCCAUAGAAAUGAUGGAAUGCUUUCAUGGCUACGUUAAUGUUGUUUCAGGUAAUGCUCAUAUCAACAAUGUAUGCUCAACCUGGGGAAACUAUAACUGGAAGACCUUGGAUGGACAAUUCUUCAGACUGCCAUCCACCUGUAACCACGUCGUGGUCUCACAAUGUAAAGGAUCCUUUGAGGGUUUUAACAUCCAACUGAAACACAAGAUAGUAGACAGCAAGCCCACCAUCUCCAAGAUAUUCAUGAAGCUGGAUGGUGUUGUUGUGACGCUGAGACCAAAGUCUGUGGAGGUCGAUGGCCAGAAGUAAGUGAAGUCCAGACCUGGUGCUACACUGUACCACACAUAUUAACUGGAGAUCUAUAUAGUAGUCUCAAUCACUGUUGCAUGAUGGUUGAGCAUUGGCAGCAGAAGCAAGGUUACCUUUAAACAGAAACCUCCAAAAAUGAGGUUAUAUUGCGGUUUAUUUCUUUGUUUAGUGAUGAGAUGAGGAUUUGUAACCAUCAACAUACAUGAUAAACCAACAGAGGAAAACUCAAGUACAUGUUUAGCACAGAUACAGGUAAUCAAGUUGAUCAGACUCUGAAAUAGCAUCUGUAGAAACUACUGCACACUGUGAUAUAGCGCUUUGUGAGGGAACAUAAUUCUACAAUGCUAGUGACAUGGUGACAGCUAAUCAUUGACAGCUGCAUUUAAUCAUCAGCUGCAUUUAAUCAUCACAGACGAGCUAUACCAGUAAUCUACUCUUCAAAAUAAGGAUUUGUUGCACACAUUUUCUUUCAUUAUGAUUUUAUUCAUUUUUUGCUGUAAUAUUAUGCUGCCUUUGGAUUUGCAUGCUGGCUGGAUAAGGAAUGUUACCUAAGAGAUUAUUUCAUUAAUCCCUUUGCAAUGGAUGAAAAAAUGCAACCAAGAGGUCCCCCAAUCAGAGGAAAAACUGUGAAUGAUGAUAUACUUCUCAACCUUCUGUAGAGUGUUGCUUUUAAACAUGAGGACCCUUCAAAAGUCCUGUGUGUUGUGCAAAGUUAACAAAGUUAAAGUUUGUCAAGACUUACAGAGCACACAUGCAGGUCCACAGGUGCUUCCACAGGCCACCUACACUGUUGUCAUUAAAGUAGAGUUUUAUUGACUUUAAAGGUAAAAGUACAAAAUUAAUCACUGUUUCAAACUGCUCAAAUUAAAGCAUGUCAACCUUUGGUGGUUCAUCAGAGUGGUCCAAAAAAUUCAUGUUUUAUACCAAACAUCACAUGAAAUAGUGUUAUUCCUAGAAAUGAUUAGAUUUAUCUGAACUAAAGCUUAAUACUUUAAAUUAAAAAAAAACAUGCACACAUGUAAAUCAUAGGUUAUAACACUGCAAUGAAUAACAUGAUAAAAGCCAAAACAGUGCUAUGAGGAGCUGUAUGGGUGCCAAAAGAGCUGGUCUUUCAAUGCUGGACUGAGCCAAAAGAUCUGGAUCACUAAAAGGAGAUAGAUCUCCCUUCAGAAAUUUCUCUGAAUACUAAACUUUUCAUUGUGCAUAACGGCUAACCAGUCACCAGCAACAGCCAACAGAAUAAAACACCUGUGUUUUUAGCUCCAUACCUGGUAUGAAUUUGCUUCAUAUCUUGACUCAGCAUUAGGGUCUAGUUUCACCCUGUUGGAACUGUAAUUCCAGCAUAGACCUCCUCAUUGUAUGUACAUUUCACUCUCUACAUUUGUAAAAAAUCUCUUAUACUUCACUGUUGGACAAUGCAAUGGUCAUGUUUCUCACUGUAAUACCAUGCUAUGCAACAGAAGCUAUCUCACUCUUUUUUUUUACCAUGUGUCCCUUUUUUUUCUUCAGAGUGUCUCUACCAUUCACCAAAUUUGGUGUGAGCGUCAGACAGACCACAUCUACUGUCUUUGUCAACACCAAGAUAGGCAUCAAAGCAAUCUGGAACAUGGAUGACUCCCUGGACGUAAGAGGCACAUUUUCAUACACACACAAAACAAAAAAAAAUUUAAGUACAAGUUUUAAGUGUAUUUCAUGUAAUAGAAAUCUCUUUUUAUAUCUAUAAAAGCUAGAGUAGAUAGUGGCUCCUCCUCAUCUGCUUGUGUCUCAGUGAAAACAAAAAGUAAGAUGCCCUUUAAACAGGUUCAAGGCAGAACUGUUACACCUCUGAAAGUUUUAUAUUAUUCAAUUAGCAUGUUAACUCCAACUUUCAGGAUUCCACCUGUAUUAAAACUGUGACACAACCCCAGCUUAUUGAACCAUAGCCCUCCUUUCAGAGCCCUGAGGCCGUGUCUUUAUUAGCUCAAAAAAUGUGCAGUUAAGUCUGACACACUUGUUUCCUAUUUACUGAGCAAGGACUGUGUUCAAACAUUCAAGUACUAUGGAGCAGAUAAAAUGGUCAGCUAGAGAACUGUAUGGAAGUACUUGAUAAAAUAUAUUGGACUAGUGAAAAAUGAAUGACACCUACAUGUCAGAAAGUUACUUAAGAGGCACAAUAUUUAGAAAUGGGAGCACCUACCCAUGUGUGGGUGUAACCAUGCUCAGUCUAACUCUGACUUUGGCCCAAGCGUGAAACAUGCAAAGACCUGUUUGUUUCUCUUACUUCCAAUAAAUUACAGUGUGGGAAAAAACUGAAAGUAAGGGGGUUAGCAGGCAGAGAUCAAAACUUGAUCAGCUGCUUGAAUGACUAUAAGCCUCUGUACAUGUAGUGUGUAAAAACAAAACAAAACAAAAACCCUUGGCGUCAUUACUUUGAAGCUUGAGUUUUGACCCAAGUGUUAGGGCAUGGCAGCACAUUUGAAGUUCUUGUCCUUGUCUUGUCUGUCUUCUAUGAAAUGUCCAGUCUGGUCAAGAUUUUACACGUGUUAAGUCUGAGGAAAACCUUGAACAAUAUCCAGAGAAAAAUAUCUUGACAUUUGAGGUUGAGAAGGAGCCCAAUUAAUUCUACUUACUAAAAGUCUUGCUACACUCUUGAGUUUUGCUGGAGAAGAAGACCAGAUUCCUGUCCCUUUGCUGCUUAUGAGAAUCCCCAAACUCUGUUGUUAAUUUAAGACAAAAAAGAAACUCUGAUGGAUGACAUGAGAAUAAAUGACACAACAGCUUUUUAUACACAGUAUGCUGAAAUCUUUGACUUUUUUAAUAACUUCAUAUGUGUUGUGAUGUGUUCACAGCUUGAAAUGCCAGAGGAAUUCAGAAACCAGACCUGUGGACUCUGUGGAAACUUUGACGGUGCAGCCAAUGAUUUGACAGAAAAUGGUAAGAUCCUGUCUGGCAUUAUGAAGAAAUAACCCUCUGCACAUUAUACUCACACUAAAACACAGAGUAAGGGUAACUGUUGUGGGAUAUGUAACUUCCCACUUUUGAGAAACAGAUUCCCCUCUUUAAAAUCAGGCAGAAACAUUUGGUUACUACUUGAUCAGUUUACAAAUGCUAAUAUUUGUGCGUGGUCUAAGCUGUUCCACUUGUUUAGGGUUUUCAGGUUACAACUCUUGGAGAGUAACUUCAUGCUUUGAGGCAAAACAAAUAAACCAUAGGUUUAACCUGUAUUACACUCAGCAAACCUUAUCUAACUGUUUACCUAAACUGAACCAUCCCCGACCGAAUAGAUUUGAGCAGCCCUUUGACCUGUGCAGCUGACUGGGAGCUUCGCGUGAGAAAAUAAACUGUGCCUUUACAUCAGAGCAGUUUGUUCCACUUUAAACAAGCCCUGGUCUGUUCCGUUAGAUAGUUUGGAGUGGUGUGAAAGAUUGUUCAAACUCUGGUGCAGACCAAACAAGCAAACUCUGGUCCUCUUGAAGACUGGGGUCUCACUUUGCUUACAAGCAAACUCUGAUGUGGACCAACUCAGCCUCUUUAGUCUGUCAACAUUUUUAAGUGACACAACAUUUGAGGAUCGAAUGGUUGAGUGUCUUUUACCCACAGCCUUAUAACUCUUAAACAUUUGAUUCAAUCAAAGCAAAUGUAGCCUCGGACAUGCUUCCUCAACCUGGAAUUACGGGGCUAAAUAAUCUCAUGGCUUUGUAAUAUGAAUUCUCUAGGAGCUGAGAUGUCUGUGUCAGACUAUGCUGAGGCCAACAAAGUGACUAAGCCAGGAGAGACCUGUGAGGAGCCUGAUGUGACCCCAGACGCAACCUGUGGGGACAGGGUAUGUCCUCACUCUAUACUGUCAUCUUCAUCAUCACUGCUGCUGUUAACCUGUAUUUAUAAUAAACUUCAAAGAGGAAAACACUAUUUCAAAUCUACUGUACAUGGUUCAUACAAGCAGGAAUUUUGCCACUCAUUGAUUUACCUUUGGUUUUUAGAAAUACUGUGAACAACUCUUCUCCAGUGCAUCAUUCAGCAGCUGCCAAGAUCAACUGGAUAAAGAGGCCUUCAUUAAAGUCUGUAUGGUUGAUAAGUGCUUCAAGGAAAAGGACACAGACUCCAUGCUCUGUAAAACAGUCUCAGAGUUCUCCAGACAGUGUGUCCAUGCAGGCGGCAAACCCCAAAAAUGGAGAACUGAGUCUUUUUGCUGUAAGGAUGCUAACACCUCAAGUUCAGUCUUUUUUGCCUCAUCUGUAGCAUUUUACAGCAACAGUAACAUAUUUGUCUCCACAGACAAAUCGUGUCCAGACAACAUGGAGUUUAUGGAGUGUGGCAGUUCAUGUCCUGACACCUGCACCACUCUUCAGGCCAGCAAAUUAUGUGACAUCCACUGCCAUGAUGGCUGCAGCUGCCCUGCUGGUACACACACACACACACACACACACACACACACACACACACACACACACACACACACACACACACACACAUUUCCCUUCAGUAACAAGCUUAUAAUGUACGAGAGCAUGUGGUUUCAUACAUAUAUAUAUAUAUGUAUAUAUAUAAUAUGAAAUAUAUAUAUAUGAAAAACAAUAAUAACUGUGUCUUCCCUCCUCAGGAACGGUCUACGAUGACAUUGGUAAAAGUGGCUGCGUGAAAGUGGAUCAGUGUCCGUGUCAGCACAAUAACCAAGUCUAUCAGCCAGGACAGUCUUAUUAUCACAACUGCAGAUCCUGGUAAGGCUAGAGACCUUUCUUAUUGGCUUUUUAACUUGUUACUCAUGAGUAGACAGAGCCCAUAUUCAUUUGUAGAUAUUUUAAUUUGUAUUUCUAAAAACAGCACAGUUGUAUAGCUUGCUAUAUGUAUUAUUUUUAAAACUGUCAUUGCUUGUUUCAACUAAAUGCAAGGUCAUAUGAUUCUGAUAUUAUGGGUAUAUUUAGUACACAAUUUAGCACGCCACACAAAUUGUUCAGUUAUAAUUAGUAUACAAAACUGAAAAAUCAUGUCAGUCAUCCUUCACUUUAUAGGGGGUUUAGGUUUGGUUGGUUGAGUAUUUUUUUCUUAAUAUGUAUAUCCAAAUUCCGUAAUUUACUUUUAGGCCAAAAAUAACUGUAAGCACAGGGUGCUACAUGGGUUUUGAAAACAUGAUUGUGUUUCCAAUAUAUUUGUUUGAUUGAUUUACUCAGGGAGUCAAAGAGAAAGAAAUAUCAGCUGUUGCUGGAUACCAAUUACAGCUCCCAUGAAGACUUUUUGGACUGAAAUUCAUGUGGAUGCCUAUUCAUGAUAUACAAAAGCAAACAAGACCAUCAGUGACAAAUUUUACAAUUUUAUACUCCAGGGCAGUGUCUCCCCGGACCUAGACAUAAACAUAGCUAAAACAAGGUAAAUGAACUCCUCAUUAUAGCCCAGACCUGUGCAUGGCUUGGGGGAAAAUGGAUGAGCUUCCUAUCCUGUAGGUAUUAAACACAGGAGCUGGUUAUGAGAUGAGAGACCCGGAGGUGUUGUCCAUCUAAAAUCUCUUAUCUGUUACAUAUGUUGUGGUCCAAAUUACCAUGACUGUGUGAAAAUCUAGUAUUUUGUGGUCAUCAGGUCCUCCAGCCUCCUUCAGAAUUACUCACUAAAGCAAACAUUACAAAUGCUACGUUUUGCCUCAGGAACGUCAUUUCCAAUUCAAGCAACAAGCUUCUUUCCCGAUGUUUAUGUGUGUUUAGAGUAGAGCAGAGACCAAAUGGGAUCACCCCUUGGGACAUAGAAGUUGUUUUAAGCAGCAUCAGCAGGUGUCAAGCAUGUGAGAGUACAUGCUUAUUACAGAGUUCCCUGUGUUUCUACAUUGCCUGCCUGUUGUGGCUUCUAAAAUGUCAUUUUGUUUACAGAAGAAAGCCACAGUCUUACUAGUGUACUUCUUCUUCUUUUUUUUUUUUUAAUUAAAUUUGCUCAGGGUGCAUUUGGUUUAUUAAUUAUUUAAUCCAAACUGCAUAUUUAAAAGUGUCCCAUCAGGCACACACUUUAAACUAAGAAGAGCAUGAGAUGGACUAAUUUCUCACAAUCUCUUUUAUUCUAAGCAUUCUAUGUUAAAUAAGGAGUAACUCCACGAAUGCUGCAAAUAAUUUUGUGUAUGUUUACGCUUACAGUGUGUGUACAAAUGGUCGGUGGAAGUGCACAGGGGACAACUGUCCAGGAGUCUGUUCUCUGACAGGAGGAACCCAUGUCAACACCUUUGAUGGAAAAGAGUAUCAAUUUCAUGGAGACUGCACAUAUAUUCUAGCCAAGGUAGAACACAUCAUUAUCUGUAAAACUGCAACUAUGUAAGCAGCAGCGUAAUACUGUAAUAUCACUGUGAUGGAUCUAUGUAGUAUUUGAAGGACAGAAUCAUUUCACUUUGUUGUAAAAAUGGUCAAUGUUUUCUGUUUGAGGUUUCUUGUGAUUCUGUCAUAAACAGUGUUCAACUUCUGCCAAUGUGUGUUGCAGUUAACUCAAGGCUCUGUACUGGUGGACCUGGAAAGGUGUGGUGCUUCUGAAAGUAGGACCUGCCUCAGAGCUGUCACAGUAGCAUUAAACAACAAUAGAAUGGUAAAUAUGUAAAUAUGUUCAAGAUCUCCAUGGAAUUACCUUUGAACUUGUGCCUGGAAGAAUAUAAGUUCUGUUUCUCUUCAAAACAGGUGUUGAAAGUCCAUGCAUCCGGACAGAUUCAUAUGAACCAGAUUCGCUCAGAGCUUCCACUCUCCAACUGUGAGUCACUGGAGUUCGUUUUUCAGGAUGCACGCAGUAUUUAACAGCUAAAGAAGCCCUUAGAGUUAAAAGUUAUGAUCUUGAUGUAUUCACUGAUAAGGGACUGCAAAUUUCAAAUUGUUUUUGGGUAUAUUAGGGCCAGUAAUCUAAAUGUAUCCAAAACCACAGCAGAAUGAAGGUCGGUGAGGUUAAGUAGUGAGCUUGUAACUGACUGGCAGAUUGUAGAGAAAGUCAGAAGAGUACAUGCAAGUUAGGGGUUGACAUGAGGAGCUGGGUCUUACGGCACUCACAGAAGUUGAUAGAAUAACCUGGAAAUAAGGGAAGGAAAGCUGUUGUUAUUACAGUGCAGCAUAAUUAAAUGGCAUUACAGACAGAGGACCCCAAAAUACUAUUUAUUUUCUGCCAGGUCCCAUUAUUUUUGGAAUUUGUCUUGUAAAUAUGACAAGAGCCCAUUUCUGCCUUGAAGUUUGGAGUAAUAACAUACUGUGCAUGUGAGUUGCUGAUGGUGUGUUUAAGGUGUGACACUGAGUUUCUCAAAACUUUUGACUGCUGCAGCUGAGCUCAUCGUAUUCAAGCCGUCAUCUAUCUACAUCUUCGUGAAGAUCAAGGCUGGCAUUAAAAUUGCAAUUCAGCUGUCCCCCAAGAUGCAGAUCUUCAUCAUAGCAGAUCCUUCACUGAAAGGAACAACUUCUGGUAUGCCACCAUACUAAUGAAUUGGGAAAACACAGACUUCAAAAUUUAACAUGUAGUUUCAUCUUGCAUGAACCAAAAUGAAAAAAUAAAAUAAAAAAAAAACAAAACAAAACAAACAAACAAAAAAAAACUUUGACAAGAUUUAAAAGAAAAAAAUCUCAUUCUGAUCAGGUUUGUGUGGUAACUUCAACAACAAGAUGAAGGAUGACUUCACAGUCCCUACUGGUCUGGUGGAAGGCACUGCUACUGGAUUUGCAAACUCGUGGAAAACCAAGGCCAGCUGCAUUGACAUAACUACACGCUUUGGACACCCCUGCAAUCAAGGCAUUGACAGAGGUACAACUUCAUGUCUCUCAUUUUUGUCUAUCCCAUCAGUUUAUAUCAUAUAAAAUACACUACAAUACACACCACAACACUAUGCAUGUGCUUGCCUUUUGUAACCACUUCAUUUCUGUUUUUUACUCAGAAAAAUUUGCACAGUUCUGGUGCUCCAAACUAUUGGAUCCAAAAGGAGUGUUUGCACCAUGCCACCACCACAUUGACCCAAAGAUAUACAAAGAAGUGAGUCUACACUUAAAAAAGGUUGUGGUGACAAAUAGACCUGACUACUUUUCCCUUGUUAAUAUGUCUGUGCCUGCUGUGUCUUUUCACAGAACUGCAUGUAUGACUGCUGCAACAGUGAUAACAGCGAAGACAGCCUGUGUGCUGCUGUCUCAUCAUAUGUCUUUGCCUGCUCCGAACGAGGAGUCACAUUAACAGGCUGGCGUAAAGACAUCUGUGGUGAGCAAAACAAAAGUCUUUCGCAUUUAUGUAGGUAUUGUGGAGACUAUAAGAGAAAACCACUUGCUAGGAGAAAGAAAUCAAGGCUAGCAUAUGUAAUUUUAUACAGGAGGUAAGUGUAGGCAAGUCAAUGAUAGACUUGGUAGUGAUCUGUUUUCUAGCCUGACCCAGAAUAUUUUUUUCUCCAGUGUGUUAGACUACAAGGGAUAGUUCUUAUGUUUUUAUGUGGCAAAGUAUUAGACCACAGCAAACAGCUCCUGAAAACUUCUAAUAGGAGAAGCUGGCCAAAAACUGGCACAGCCUCCAAGCAGUGAACCAAGUUAGAGGGGCUAUUGAACAGAUUACAUUUAAGUCACUCUCAAAGGGCUUACCCAGUUAAAUGUGGGCUCUAUUUUGUUCUGAUUUUUUUCUUAGUUUUUCUGUCUCACUCGGCCAGUUUGAUGGUGAACUAAACAAUAAUGACUGGGCAAAACGGUAGAAAACCUAAGAGUAGAAUAUUGUUAAAUCUUGUCUUUAAAGCAAUAUUGUAAUUAUCCAGGUACACUAUAUGUCUCUUUGUUGUCCCUCUUCAUUUACAAUCUUAUUUGAAAUCAUAAAAUGAAUCACAAUGAGUGUUUGAUUUCCUACUCCAAAACCAACAGCAGAAUCACUUUUCUCUGCAUUUUUUGCUGUUACCUUCCCUAUUUGCAAAGUAAAACAAGGGAGAUGAAAGACAGCUGACCGGUGGCCUGGAGCGGCACUUUCGGAGAUAACAGAGAGACAACAGAAACACAAUGAACAGAAGUUUGAGCUCCUCUUUUCUGUCGAAAAUCACCUCCCUGGCACCACUGCCUGUUGUUUGAGACUACAUUGGCUAGGAUCUAACCUUGAUAAUGACAAAAGGAUUCUGUUAAGAUGCAUCCGUACUUAAACAUGAUUAACUUCAUAGCCUGUAGACAGACAAUGUCCCACAAACAGCUGUAAAAACUGAGAUGCAUACUCAUAAUGAGCUGUAUAAAUGUCAUAAGAAUGCUUUUAAAAGAUAAAUGAUAUGUAAAUAUCCUUUGUAUUCAGUGGAUACUGGCAACGCUCCUAUAUUUAUAUUUAUAUUAUCUACAAUGUUUGAAAAUCAGUGUGUAUUUCUUUUCAGAAAGACCGUCUAUGAAAUUAAAAAGGCCUGGAUCAAAAGCUAAAUUAAACUAUAUGUUAGGGGGGAAGUGAUACCACUAAGUCUCUGCUAUGCUCAUCCCUGCACUUAUAUCCUCUACCAGGCAAAUACAGAUCAUGUCAAGAAACAGAAGUCUACGGAUACAACAUGACCAGCUGCCAGCGUACCUGCCAGUCCCUUAGCCAACCUGACUACUCCUGCCAGGCCAGCUUCACGACAGUGGACGGCUGUGGCUGUGCUGCAGGAACCUACAGGAAUGACAAGGGGCUAUGUGUGAACAUUAAAGAAUGUCCUUGCUAUGAAAAAGAUGACGUCAUUCCUGCUGGAGAAUCUGUGACAAGAAAUGGACGCACUUGGUAAAUACAAAGUAUUGGACACAUGGGGGUCAAGUAUCAAGCUUACAAAAGUAAUAGAAAGUUAAGUGAAAGGGCCAUAGUUUGAAUCUGUUUGGUGCUGAACUCUGCACCUUCCUUGAAAAUGAGUGCUGUUUCAAGAAAAAGUCUACUUCACAUACAUUAGCAUGAUAGGCAAUAAACAAGGACAGAAAAAAUAUUAUGAUUAUUUAAAAGACUAACUGCCCCCAGACUUACCAGUGAAUGAUUUCUCAAAAUUGGACUUUAUUAUUUUUAUCAUGGUUUAAUCUGUUUUGCAUUAGGGAAAUUUGCAAGAAGGUAGAGUAGUGUGGAGCUCUUUCUCAGAACUGGCUCUUGAAGGCUGGUUUAAAUCAUCAAGGACAUGCAGGAUGCCUGAUGAUGAUAUAAACACUGCUUUUGUGUGCCUCUGUUCCUAUUCUCACAGUAACUGCAAACGUGGAGUUCUCAGCUGCCCAGGAGGAACCCCAGUUGGUAGGUUUACAAAUGUUUAAAUACUGGGAACAGACGAUUGUUGAUGCUAUUAUUUUUAUGGCUCAUGGGGCCUGUAAUGCAAAGCAAGGGCAGGUUAUGUUCUGGUUAUCUGGUUCUACUAAGCCACCCCACCCCCCACCCCCCAAAACUUAAGAAGAAACCUAUCACACAAAUCCAGUAAUCAGCCUGUUGUUCACAUAAGCACUGAGAGUUGAUUGCACUGGAUAACUAUCAGUAGUACUUCAUGAGACUGAUAACAAAUAUUUGAAAAAGCUUUGUACAGCUACAUCUCAGAGUAUUGUUGUGUCAUACAGUCUUAUGGCAGGAUGCCAAUCAGAUAGUGCUGUGCGAAAGAAAAGUAAGUGAGGCACAAUGUUGCAAGAGAACAGACUCAGAGUGAAAAGCAUACCAGCUGCAGAGCUAAUGUAGCACACUUUUCAAUCAACUGAUCAUUGGCCAUCUGUAAAAUCUGUAAAAGGCCAAAAUAAGAUGAUUGGUCAAACCAAGGCUUAUGGCAGGUCUAUCCCUGAAAAACACUUUUGCCAAAUCAUCAACAAGCUCAAACAACAGUUUAACAUUAUACUAAAGCAACUCUGAGCAGUUUGCUCUUGUGUUGUGUCUGAUAAUAGACGAGCUGUCAGCAUCUUUACUUCCUGUUUUGCUGAGCUGGGCUUUGCACUCUCUGUCUGACACACUUAAGAUCUCCUCCGGAAUGAGAAGGGAAUGUUUCUCACUGAUGUACUGUAAAGUCCAUGACAAAUGUAAAACGGAUUGCAUUAUUUGGAAAAGCUUCCUCCCUUGAGGUUUCGUUUGGCUCAGCUGGAAGAGCAGGCUUCCCAUAUACAGAGCAUAUAGUCUUCAGUAUGUAGCCUGCCAGAAUCUGUCCUGAUUUGAUCACAACAUUGUUUUAAAAGAGCUGUCUUCAUCAGCACUACUAACUGCACCUAAACUGUGAGAAGCACAGUGUGCCAUGAUCCCGAUCUCAUCUGCUGCAACACACAAGGCUCAGUUAAUUCAGCAGCUCUUGAUUCUCUGGGAUCCCCUUUGUGAGCAUCUGUACACUGUACCCAGAUUAAUCUACAUUCCUGUUUGUGAGCAGCUUGAUAAGUUCACUGGUCACCAAAAUAUGAAUGCGUUCAAUAAAUGCAUUUCCUAUUGUACACUCACGCACAGCACUGUACAUACACAGUAAUUUUUGGAUAUUGAGAGCCUCUUCUCACCUUUGCUUUGAGUUUAGAAAAAAAACUUUUGAACUCUUGAAUUUGCAGUUGAAUUGCUCUCUGGUUUAAACAAUAAGUAUACUCAAGUCCUGAGUGGGUAGUGCUCCCAAUGGCUUCUCAUGACAGUUGUUAAGGCCUCUGGAGCUUUUCCAUAACAUUUAUUCUUUUUGUCAUCCACUUGUUUUUUGAUUCUCAGACCGACGAAAAUGCAUCUCGCCCAUGGUUUACUUUGACUGCGACAAAGUCCAACCUGGAGAAGCUGGAACUGAGUGUGAGAAGAGCUGCAGCACUCUGGAUAUGGCUUGUGUAAGCAGCACAUCGCACUCUUACAAUCACAGAAGCUCUACAAGUACAAGAAUUGUUUGUCUGAAACUGUCUUUUUGUCUUCUACUCUGCUUGAAUACAGGUCAGCUCAGGCUGUACAUCCGGCUGCAUGUGCCCCAAAGGCCUGGUGUCAGAUGGAGCAGGAGGCUGUGUCAAAGAGAGCAAUUGUCCAUGUGUGCACAAUGGACAAGUCUACCGUGCUGGAGAAACACUGACUGUGGACUGCAAUACUUGGUGUGUACAAGGCCCAACAUAAACACCAGUUUAAUAUUACUAUUACUACUACUACCAUUACUACCGAUAUUUAUACUAAUACCAAUUUUUUUUUUGUGAGCAUAAGAGCUUUCAUUUUAAAACAUACCCAAAUGAACUUGAGUCUUGUCUUUGUCUCCUCAGCACCUGCUCUAAUAGAAAGUUCACAUGUACAACCGAUGUGUGUGACUCUAUUUGUGGGAUCUAUGGUGACGGGCACUACGUCACAUUUGAUGAUAAGAGGUUUGACUUCAAUGGACAGUGUGAAUACACACUCCUACAGGUAAAGUGGCAUGUGGUCAAAAACAAAGUUGAAUUUUUGACCCUUGUGAUGUCAGAAGCAGUGUAAAAAUAAUAACAAAAUCAGGAUUUGAUAUUUUGAAAAUCAUUUAAACGUUAUGUGCAGUUGUAAAUUCUGAAAAGAUAACUUCUCUGAUUAUCUGGAAUGGGGUUGGGUCCAAGUAAUGUUUAUGGACUGUUGGCUCAUUUCGUAUAAUUUCAACUUGCAUUUGUGGAUUCAGCCACAGACAAUCUUGUACGGAAAUUAUUUUGAGCCACCCACUAGUAUCCACUUAAGAGUCAUAUCUGUUAUAAUGCAGUGCUGCACAUUAGUCCACAGAUCAUAGCCAUCCAGCACCAGUUAUUGGCUUUGUCCCUUUUGUAAAUAGUUUCAUGUCCUAAAGAUGAUGAAAUCAUGUAAUUCCUCAUAAUUUCAUCCUGAAGAAUGUUAUUCUGAAAUUGUUCAACUAGUGGGCUAUUUACUCAAAUCUCACAUGGAUAGUAAAUCUCUUUCCUGUCCUACCAACUCAAUCAGUGGAAUUUUCUUUACAUUUCAAGUGUUGCCAGACCCACUAAGCCAUAUUCAUUUUUACUUUUAAGUGGGUCUGAAACCAUUAUCAUUCCAAACAAUUUCCUUCAGUGUCAGCUUUACCAGACCAAUCACAGUCCUUCAUUUUGAAGCAGGUGGGAUCUCAAGAUGAUCUGCAUAGCAUCACACCUUUUUUUUUUUUUUUUGGUUGAACAUCAUUCCACCUGUUUUAAAUAAGGAAAACUUUUUUUUUUUUAAUGAUUAUAAUUACACAACAGUUCUUGAAAAUAACAAAGAGAAAGGAUAAAUUGUUUAGUUAGGGUGAAAACAAAACCUAGUGUUGAUUUCACUUUAAAGGUAAGAAGUAUAAUUUAUGAACUGUCCUUGCUGUUUUUUUUAGGACUCCUGCGGAGGGACUCAGGGCGCAGAAAGCUUGAGUAUUAUCACUGAGAAUGUUGCUUGUGGAAGCACAGGAACCACCUGCUCCAAGACCAUCAAAAUCUUCCUAGGGGUAAACACAACACCUUCACUGUCCACUGCAACAAACACAAUAUUCUGGAUCAGAAUAUCAAGCGUGUAGCAGUAUUUUCAAUCUUUCAUUAGACUUAUAAUUAGAUAGCAUCUUUGAUUUAUUACUAAUAUUCUGUGGUAAAAUUAAGUCAAACAGAAUUGGAGAUAACAAGCUAGAGUUCUGUAGCUAAACUGAUACUUGACUUUACAAGGUGUUCUUUAAAACAAGAAAUCAUAUUUUUCAUCCCAUGACUCUCAUGAAAUGCAGAAUACAAUGCAUCUAUCUUUUAUAUUGAUAUCCACAGAACAAUGAAUUUCAACUAAGGGACGAAGACUUCCAUGUCAUUAAGGGCACCAGCAAGGUGUUCCCUGAACAGAUGCGUAAGAUGGGUAUUUACUUGGUACUGACAAUCAAGAAGGGACUUGUUCUUAUGUGGGACCAGAAGACCAGCCUUUUCAUCAAAGUCAGCCCAAAGUUCCAGGUAAACAUUCAAGCAAUCAAUCAUUUGGUAUUUCAUGAUUGACUGUUGUGCAAAGUACAGUUAAAAGAUCUGUGCUGGAAGCUAGGGGAUUUUUCAUUAAAGAUAAUUGAGUCAAUGUGUAUCAAUGAACCAGAAAUUCCAAUAGAAUUUGGGCUUCAUUAUUAUCCCAUGAUUUUUUGGCUUAUACACUGACAGUUUAAUAGUGUGUCAGCCCAUCACAUACUACACAAAAAGUCACUGACUUUGGUUUUACAGCUGCAUCUCACCAUAGAUAUGUGCAUUCUUGAGUAGCUGGUGCCUAUCAUCUGCAGCAGUUCUUAACCUUGCUAUAUGCAAAUCUAUUUCACACUUGAGUGAAGAUAAGAUUCAAGUGUCCUUUUUAAAGACUUGACAAAGUUUGAUGGGACAUUGAAUACAGGUCAGGUGAGUAAGACCAGAAACUGUGUCAGCACUAAAAACAUGAGUUAGCCAGGUUGUCAAAUGGGAAUGAAAAGUUUUUAUUGAGGGAAAAGGAUAUGUCACUAUGUGCAAUCAUAUAUGUAUUAGUUUUCUUUUUUAAAAAGUCAGUUCUGUCUUUGAACUUUUUCCUCUCAGGGUCAAGUCUGUGGUCUUUGUGGAAACUAUGACGGCGACAGUAAGAACGAUUUCACCACACCCUCCCAGGAGACAGUAGCAGAUGUUAUUGACUUUGGUAACAGUUGGAAAGUUUCAUCCAGUUGCCCAAAUGCCCAACCGAUCUCUGAUCCUUGUGCCGCCAAUGGCUAUCGGGCAGCCUGGUCCAAGAGACAAUGUAGCAUCAUCAUCAGUGUCACCUUCAAGAAGUGCCACUCUCAGGUAAAUAUGGUGAUAUCAAGCACAGAUCUUUGUUUGUUACCAAUCAAACCCUUUAGACUGUAAAUAUUUAAGCUGAAUAUUCUCGGUCUUUACUGAGUUAAUUCAGCAACCUUACCACACCCUCUUCUCUAUCACUUGGACCAAUAAGACAGCCUAAGACCAGCCUUUAUACUAUUGCAACCAAUGCCCCUACUCCCAUUAGUACAAAGCAACAUUACUGUCACCCUCUAUCUUUGAUACAGUGCUACAAGUACACUUUUGUCUGUUCAAGGUUGACCCCGGUCCAUACUUUGAAUCCUGUGUAAGAGACACUUGUGCUUGUGACACUGGUGGGGACUGCGAGUGUUUCUGCACUGCUGUGGCUGCCUACGCCAAAGCUUGUAAUGAAGCCGGGGUCUGCGUGAGAUGGAGAACUCCAAAAAUGUGCCGUGAGUUUGAUCAUUGUAUCACCAGGAUCAUCUGAGCCAGGAUGUAAAGAUUUAAUGAGGAACCUUGGGCACUGAUGAACCCUUGAUAUCUCUCACUCAAAGAUUUACAUUCAUGAGUGAAAUCAGCAGAAUUAAAACAAAUGUACUUUAUCUUUUGCAGCUAUAUUCUGUGACUACUACAAUGCCCCUGAUGGCUGUGAAUGGCACUACAAACCUUGUGGUGCUCCCUGCAUGAAGUCAUGUAGAAAUCCGUCAGGAAAAUGUUCCAAACUCAUCACUGCUAUUGAAGGUACAGCUAACUGAUUUUAAAAUUUUUAAGAGUUUCCUAAACCAGAAAAAUGGCUUGAAUGACAUGUAAUGGUGCUCUCAUUCCAUUUCCUUUUAAAAAAAAAUUAAAAAUUGUAAUUAACAUGCAUUUAACUGUUUCUCGGGAUUCAAUUCAGCUUUUUUGAUUUCUAAGAGAAAAUUUGUAGCUUAAUUUUUCAGUUGGUCCUUUAGGUCCUUCAUGUAACCCUUUCAUUAUUAUUACAUUCUUCUCAAAGUUGCUGACUCAGAAAAAGUUUGCAUUGAAACAUUUAAGAUAAUGUAAAACACACUCACACAUGUGGCAAUCUGAAAUAGCUCUGAAAAAAAUUAAGAAAAUUAAUUCAGUCUUACAUUGUUUUUGCUCUACUGCAUUGGCUCAUACAUUUCAGCUUAUUAACCUUCUAUCCACAAACCUGCACAUUGCUAGACCCAUAAGAAAAGAUUAUAAAAAAGGAGUCAACCUUAAGUUAUUAUCAGGACUUUCAUUUCAUCAUAAAUGAAAUAUCUGUUGGAACAGUACUGUGAAUUUGCCUGUUAAUGGGUGAAUAAUGAAAAAACUGUGAACACUACUUCGCAUGCAAGUGAUUUUCUCCUGAGGCUAAAAAAUACAUUCAUGGUUUUGCAGGCUGCUACCCACAGUGUCCACCUACCCAUCCAUACUUUGAUGAAGACUCCAUGAAGUGUGUUGCAUGGGAGAAAUGUGGAUGCUUUGAUGACAUAGGCAAUCAUUACAGCAUUGGAGCUAAGGUCACAUCAGAAAACUGUUAUUACUGGUAUGUCUCAUUUAGCAUUACAUUUCAAAUUAAGUUUGUACAACACAGGAAGCAUCAGAGCAUUUACCAUAUUUGUACAUGACAGUUGAGUCAAACAAAAAAAGUGAGCUAAUAGUUUGAACUAUUGCACUCUAUUUGAGAUAUGACAUGCUGAAUGGGUUAAAAGGAAAACCACAGGGACCAAUUUAUGGAGUUCUCUAGAGACUUUGAGAGAGCUAGUAGUGGGUGAAAUUGACAGACUUCUUGUGGGCAAACAAGGCUGUAUAGAUAAGCUGAUGAAGCUAUGAUAAAAAUUUGUCCUUGUCUUCAAAUUUUUGAGAGUAUCAGGAACUUUGCUGUGGCUGUGUUGUUUGUGAGAUAUAAAUAAAAUGCAAGCCUGAAAACCGCGCUCUGUGGUGAGAAAAAAAAAAAAAACAACCACCACCAACAUCAUGUAUGCUUCCUGCAACUUGAUGUAAAAGUCUCGUUUUGAUAAGAAAAGGGCAGUCUUGUGAAUCACAAACAAGUAUGUUGAAAAUAUGGGAAUUUUACAUCACUACAGCAAGAAAAACAUUGAUUACAGAAACAUAUUACUGGUCCCAGGUAUCAUUACCAGUGAUAUCUAACUAACUUUUUCCCAACAAAAUAUCAGAAUAAAGUUUGCUUUAUUAGUUUAACACAAGUAUUUUUUUUUUCUGUUAGUGUGCUGUAGCUGCGCUUGACAUGAAAAAUAAAGUUACCAUUAAAUUUUAUAAACAUACAAAGACAGCAUAAAGGAAUGUUUAAGAUAGUACUAUAGAUGUUAAAGAAAUCCUGUCAGAUAGGGAAAUUUUUCAGUUUCAGAAAUAAUAGGCGACACCAUACUCAUAAUUGUUUUCCAUUUAACAGUAACUGCACAGAAUCUGGAAUAAAAUGCAACUACAGUGUGGACCGUGAGUAAACAUGAAUAUGAACAAUAUCUUAUUUGAUCUUUUUUUCAAAAAAUUAAGUUUGCUUACCAUGCACCCAAAUACAAUUACACACACACACACACACACACACACACACACACACACACACACACACACACACACACAAAUCUUACUACAGACAUGCACACAACAAUGUAGAAAAAAACAUUAUACAUUAGAAAGGAAAACUGAUCGUGAUACUCCUGAUCCACAGAUUGUACAUGCUUUAUUAAUGGCAAAAUCUACAAUUAUGGAGAAACCAUCUAUGAAACCCAUGAUGGAGCAGGAAAUUGCCUUAAAGCAGUUUGUGGAGAAAAUGGCACCAUUGAAAGAACUGUGGAGGAAUGUAAAACAACAACACCUGUCCCAACAACAACCCCCUUCACAUUCAGCACUGCUAUAACUACUGCAGGUACAUAUGUCUAUUGUGAUUUGAAGACUUCUGGCAAUAUAGGAAGAGUUUUCUGUAACCACUUCUUAAUAACAUGUACAUCAUAAUAUCCAUUACAGAGAUCACCUCACCAACAACUGAGAGGGUCACCACUGGCCCAGUUUUAACUGCUACAACAGGGGUCAUUGAAAUCACCACCACAAAAGUCACAGGAAAGACUCCAGAGGUAACAUCAGCACCUAUUGUUGGCACAACAACUACUCAGGCACCAGGUGUUUCAACUACCAAGGGAGCCACCACCAAACCUGGAGAGACAACCAAAUCUGAAGCAACAACAGUAACCAUUCAGACAACAAAACCACCUACUGGGGUCACCACUGGCCCAGUUUUAACUGCUACCACAGGGGUCAUUGAAAUCACCACCACAAAAGUCACAGGAAAGACUCCAGAGGUAACAUCAGCACCUACUGUUGGCACCACAUCUACUCAGGCACCAGGUGUUUCAACUACCAAAGGAGCCACCACCAAACCUGGAGAGACAACCAAAUCUGAAGCAACAACAGUAACCAUUCAGACAACAAAACCACCUACUGGGGUCACCACUGGCCCAGUUUUAACUGCUACCACAGGGGUCAUUGAAAUCACCACCACAAAAGUCACAGGAAAGACUCCAGAGGUAACAUCAGCACCUAUUGUUGGCACAACAACUACUCAGGCACCAGGUGUUUCAACUACCAAGGGAGCCACCACCAAAGCGGGAGAGACAACCAAAUCUGAAGCAACAACAGUAACCAUUCAGACAACAAAACCACCUACUGGGGUCACCACUGGCCCAGUUUUAACUGCUACCACAGGGGUCAUUGAAAUCACCACCACAAAAGUCACAGGAAAGACUCCAGAGGUAACAUCAGCACCUAUUGUUGGCACCACAACUACUCAGGCACCAGGUGUUUCAACUACCAAAGGAGCCACCACCAAACCUGGAGAGACAACCAAAUCUGAAGCAACAACAGUAACCAUUCAGACAACAAAACCACCUACUGGGGUCACCACUGGCCCAGUUUUAACUGCUACCACAGGGGUCAUUGAAAUCACCACCACAAAAGUCACAGGAAAGACUCCAGAGGUAACAUCAGCACCUAUUGUUGGCACCACAACUACUCAGGCACCAGGUGUUUCAACUACCAAAGGAGCCACCACCAAACCUGGAGAGACAACCAAAUCUGAAGCAACAACAGUAACCAUUCAGACAACAAAACCACCUACUGGGGUCACCACUGGCCCAGUUUUAACUGCUACCACAGGGGUCAUUGAAAUCACCACCACAAAAGUCACAGGAAAGACUCCAGAGGUAACAUCAGCACCUAUUGUUGGCACAACAACUACUCAGGCACCAGGUGUUUCAACUACCAAGGGAGCCACCACCAAACCUGGAGAGACAACCAAAUCUGAAGCAACAACAGUAACCAUUCAGACAACAAAACCACCUACUGGGGUCACCACUGGCCCAGUUUUAACUGCUACAACAGGGGUCAUUGAAAUCACCACCACAAAAGUCACAGGAAAGACUCCAGAGGUAACAUCAGCACCUAUUGUUGGCACCACAACUACACAGGCACCAGGUGUUUCAACUACCAAGGGAGCCACCACCAAACCUGGAGAGACAACCAAAUCUGAAGCAACAACAGUAACCAUUCAGACAACAAAACCACCUACUGGGGUCACCACUGGCCCAGUUUUAACUGCUACCACAGGGGUCAUUGAAAUCACCACCACAAAAGUCACAGGAAAGACUCCAGAGGUAACAUCAGCACCUAUUGUUGGCACAACAACUACUCAGGCACCAGGUGUUUCAACUACCAAAGGAGCCACCACCAAACCUGGAGAGACAACCAAAUCUGAAGCAACAACAGUAACCAUUCAGACAACAAAACCACCUACUGGGGUCACCACUGGCCCAAUUUUAACUGCUACCACAGGGGUCAUUGAAAUCACCACCACAAAAGUCACAGGAAAGACUCCAGAGGUAACAUCAGCACCUAUUGUUGGCACAACAACUACACAGGCACCAGGUGUUUCAACUACCAAGGAGCCACCACCAAACCUGGAGAGACAACCAAAUCUGAAGCAACAACAGUAACCAUUCAGACAACAAAACCACCUACUGGGGUCACCACUGGCCCAGUUUUAACUGCUACCACAGGGGUCAUUGAAAUCACCACCACAAAAGUCACAGGAAAGACUCCAGAGGUAACAUCAGCACCUAUUGUUGGCACCACAACUACACAGGCACCAGGUGUUUCAACUACCAAGGGAGCCACCACCAAACCUGGAGAGACAACCAAAUCUGAAGCAACAACAGUAACCAUUCAGACAACAAAACCACCUACUGGGGUCACCACUGGCCCAGUUUUAACUGCUACCACAGGGGUCAUUGAAAUCACCACCACAAAAGUCACAGGAAAGACUCCAGAGGUAACAUCAGCACCUAUUGUUGGCACAACAACUACUCAGGCACCAGGUGUUUCAACUACCAAGGGAGCCACCACCAAACCUGGAGAGACAACCAAAUCUGAAGCAACAACAGUAACCAUUCAGACAACAAAACCACCUACUGGGGUCACCACUGGCCCAGUUUUAACUGCUACCACAGGGGUCAUUGAAAUCACCACCACAAAAGUCACAGGAAAGACUCCAGAGGUAACAUCAGCACCUAUUGUUGGCACAACAACUACUCAGGCACCAGGUGUUUCAACUACCAAGGGAGCCACCACCAAACCUGGAGAGACAACCAAAUCUGAAGCAACAACAGUAACCAUUCAGACAACAAAACCACCUACUGGGGUCACCACUGGCCCAGUUUUGACUGCUACCACAGGGGUCAUUGAAAUCACCACCACAAAAGUCACAGGAAAGACUCCAGAGGUAACAUCAGCACCUAUUGUUGGCACAACAACUACUCAGGCACCAGGUGUUUCAACUACCAAGGGAGCCACCACCAAACCUGGAGAGAGACAACCAAAUCUGAAGCAACAACAGUAACCAUUCAGACAACAAAACCACCAACUGGGGUCACCACUGGCCCAGUUUUAACUGCUACCACAGGGGUCAUUGAAAUCACCACCACAAAAGUCACAGGAAAGACUCCAGAGGUAACAUCAGCACCUAUUGUUGGCACAACAACUACUCAGGCACCAGGUGUUUCAACUACCAAGGGAGCCACCACCAAACCUGGAGAGACAACCAAAUCUGAAGCAACAACAGUAACCAUUCAGACAACAAAACCACCUACUGGGGUCACCACUGGCCCAGUUUUAACUGCUACCACAGGGGUCAUUGAAAUCACCACCACAAAAGUCACAGGAAAGACUCCAGAGGUAACAUCAGCACCUAUUGUUGGCACAACAACUACUCAGGCACCAGGUGUUUCAACUACCAAGGAGCCACCACCAAACCUGGAGAGACAACCAAAUCUGAAGCAACAACAGUAACCAUUCAGACAACAAAACCACCUACUGGGGUCACCACUGGCCCAGUUUUAACUGCUACCACAGGGGUCAUUGAAAUCACCACCACAAAAGUCACAGGAAAGACUCCAGAGGUAACAUCAGCACCUAUUGUUGGCACAACAACUACUCAGGCACCAGGUGUUUCAACUACCAAAGGAGCCACCACCAAACCUGGAGAGACAACCAAAUCUGAAGCAACAACAGUAACCAUUCAGACAACAAAACCACCUACUGGGGUCACCACUGGCCCAGUUUUAACUGCUACCACAGGGGUCAUUGAAAUCACCACCACAAAAGUCACAGGAAAGACUCCAGAGGUAACAUCAGCACCUAUUGUUGGCACAACAACUACUCAGGCACCAGGUGUUUCAACUACCAAAGGAGCCACCACCAAACCUGGAGAGACAACCAAAUCUGAAGCAACAACAGUGACCAUUCAGACAACAAAACCACCUACUGGGGUCACCACUGGCCCAGUUUUAACUGCUACCACAGGGGUCAUUGAAAUCACCACCACAAAAGUCACAGGAAAGACUCCAGAGGUAACAUCAGCACCUAUUGUUGGCACCACAACUACACAGGCACCAGGUGUUUCAACUACCAAGGGAGCCACCACCAAACCUGGAGAGACAACCAAAUCUGAAGCAACAACAGUAACCAUUCAGACAACAAAACCACCUACUGGGGUCACCACUGGCCCAGUUUUAACUGCUACCACAGGGGUCAUUGAAAUCACCACCACAAAAGUCACAGGAAAGACUCCAGAGGUAACAUCAGCACCUAUUGUUGGCACCACAACUACUCAGGCACCAGGUGUUUCAACUACCAAAGGAGCCACCACCAAACCUGGAGAGACAACCAAAUCUGAAGCAACAACAGUAACCAUUCAGACAACAAAACCACCUACUGGGGUCACCACUGGCCCAGUUUUAACUGCUACCACAGGGGUCAUUGAAAUCACCACCACAAAAGUCACAGGAAAGACUCCAGAGGUAACAUCAGCACCUAUUGUUGGCACAACAACCACUCAGGCACCAGGUGUUUCAACUACCAAAGGAGCCACCACCAAACCUGGAGAGACAACCAAAUCUGAAGCAACAACAGUAACCAUUCAGACAACAAAACCACCUACUGGGGUCACCACUGGCCCAGUUUUAACUGCUACCACAGGGGUCAUUGAAAUCACCACCACAAAAGUCACAGGAAAGACUCCAGAGGUAACAUCAGCACCUAUUGUUGGCACAACAACUACUCAGGCACCAGGUGUUUCAACUACCAAGGGAGCCACCACCAAACCUGGAGAGACAACCAAAUCUGAAGCAACAACAGUGACCAUUCAGACAACAAAACCACCUACUGGGGUCACCACUGGCCCAGUUUUAACUGCUACCACAGGGGUCAUUGAAAUCACCACCACAAAAGUCACAGGAAAGACUCCAGAGGUAACAUCAGCACCUAUUGUUGGCACAACAACUACUCAGGCACCAGGUGCUUCAACUACCAAGGGAGCCACCACCAAACCUGGAGAGACAACCAAAUCUGAAGCAACAACAGUAACCAUUCAGACAACAAAACCACCUACUGGGGUCACCACUGGCCCAGUUUUAACUGCUACCACAGGGGUCAUUGAAAUCACCACCACAAAAGUCACAGGAAAGACUCCAGAGGUAACAUCAGCACCUAUUGUUGGCACAACAACUACUCAGGCACCAGGUGCUUCAACUACCAAGGGAGCCACCACCAAACCUGGAGAGACAACCAAAUCUGAAGCAACAACAGUAACCAUUCAGACAACAAAACCACCUACUGGGGUCACCACUGGCCCAGUUUUAACUGCUACCACAGGGAUCAUUGAAAUCACCACCACAAAAGUCACAGGAAAGACUCCAGAGGUAACAUCAGCACCUAUUGUUGGCACAACAACUACUCAGGCACCAGGUGUUUCAACUACCAAGGGAGCCACCACCAAACCUGGAGAGACAACCAAAUCUGAAGCAACAACAGUAACCAUUCAGACAACAAAACCACCUACUGGGGUCACCACUGGCCCAGUUUUAACUGCUACCACAGGGGUCAUUGAAAUCACCACCACAAAAGUCACAGGAAAGACUCCAGAGGUAACAUCAGCACCUAUUGUUGGCACCACAACUACUCAGGCACCAGGUGUUUCAACUACCAAGGGAGCCACCACCAAACCUGGAGAAACAACCAAAUCUGAAGCAACAACAGUAACCACUCAGACAACAAAACCACCAACUGGGGUCACCACUGGCCCAGUUUUAACUGCUACCACAGGGGUCAUUGAAAUCACCACCACAAAAGUCACAGGAAAGACUCCAGAGGUAACAUCAGCACCUAUUGUUGGCACAACAACUACUCAGGCACCAGGUGUUUCAACUACCAAAGGAGCCACCACCAAACCUGGAGAGACAACCAAAUCUGAAGCAACAACAGUAACCAUUCAGACAACAAAACCACCUACUGGGGUCACCACUGGCCCAAUUUCAACCUCCAAAACUGUUCCUACUUCUAGAACAACGACACCUAUUGUUGUCGUCACUGGAACCACUCAAUUGUCAACAGUUUUAUCAAAGCCUUCUGUUGUAAAUACUACUACUGUAGCUAUUGCUUCAACUUUAUCUCCAGGAGUGACAACUCAAACUUCCACUUCUAUUGGCCCAAUCACAAAGACUCUUCCAGGGACAACAGUUACCACUGUACAACCCUCGACAGAAGAAGCCAGAACUCCUUCCUAUUCUACCAUUACACUUCUCCCACCUCCAGCAACAACCUUGUGUUUCUGCACGUAUGAAGGAAAACAACAUCGCCCUGGUUGGUGGCUGAAUUCACACAUAUAUAUCCCAUUUUAUUCCUUGUCUUGUUCUUGUUAUCAAUAAGUUGACCUCUAUUUUUCCCUCACUCCCACAUUCUUUUUGUUUCCACAGGGGAUUUACUUUAUAAUGUCACUGAUGGAACAGGGUGGUGUGUUGCUGGAUAUUGUAAUGCAUCUUGCAAGAUUGAGACAAAGCUCAGCCCAUGUCCAACACCAAUAACCACCACACCCCCUUCGACUUCAGCAAUCAGUACCACUUUGCGACCCACAAUUUCAACUCUGCCUCCACCAAAAGACUGCAUCUAUAUGAAUGAAACAAGAAAGGUAUUUGUCUUUAAAAAAUGCUAUUACUUUUUCAUAUUCACAUAUUGUGGUGGUGAUUCAUAGGGAAAAACAUGUAUUUCAAAAGAACUAUAUCAUGAACUUAGAACAUGGAUACAAAAAUGUAUACUGCUAAUUUAUUUACAUUUUCACUAAUUUGGUGACAGUUUUGCUGUAGACUGGAUCAAGAAGCUGUCAGAAGCUUGACUAUUUUCAUGACCAAGUAUAGUAGUUAAACAGUGUUUCCACUAACAGCUACAUUUUGAGGCAUUACUAGUAGUGCAGUACAAGAGAGCAUUCUACUUUUGUCCUACAUAAGACUUGCUGAUGACAGCAAGAUAUCAACAUAUCUGCUGAGGGAGAAAUAUUGGGUAAGCUUGCAGAUGUGGAGCCCAACUUUCUUUUUGUGGUUCAGUCAUGUGCACUCUACUUACUGAGGUUACAGUCCUCAAGAGGGCUCAUCAAAAAUCACUGAAAGUUCCUCAUUUCAUACAUCUUUAAUCCUAUUUGUAUUUAUAAGAGACAGGCCACAGAUUUUAUCAUAAAGUGAGCUCAGAGAUGCCUUCUCAGGUUGUUUUAGAAUACCUGAAGGUAGUCCAUGGGGGCUGCGCUCUUCAGUAAUACAGUGCCUUACUUGCAUAAAAGCACAGAAGCAUAAAAUAUCCUUUUUUUGUAAUCAGUUGCUUAAUGGCAUUAAGCUAUGGUUUGCAGCAGCACAAGUUUGAUAGGAACCUGCAGCCCCUUCCACAAGUCACAAAAAAGAGCAGUUUUACAAUUCUUCAAGACAUUUGUGUCCUUCAAUAGAACUAACUGCCUCUCAACCCAUAUUUAGAGCGGAGAGUCCUGGAAAGUUCACAACUGCACAAUUGGUACCUGCGAAGAUGGUAAUGUAACAGUAGAAACUAAAUCCUGUUCCAAAGUAGAGGAACCUCCAAUGUGUGCUACUGGACGCCCAGCUGUAAAGGUCUACGAUGAAAUUGGAUGUUGUUACCAAUAUGAAUGCGAAUGUAAGUUGAAAUGUAACAUUUAAAGAGUUAAUCACAUGUAAGUGUUUUUGUUCAGAACAUCUGUGUUUUUAAACUGUUCAUCUUACAACACCUUCUAGAUACAUGGUUUGCAAAGGCAAGUGUAUUAAGGUAUUUAAGUGUCAAAGUGCUGGUGUAUGGCACAUAACUGUAAAAUUAGACUAUUUCUUACUUGAUUCUUAUUACCUCAGUUAAUAAUUCCCUGUAGAAAUUUUCAGGGCUUGCAUAAAAAUUUACUAAUUGAUCACAGGAGAAUGACUUUUUCCAUGCCUAUCAGUUCUUUAGAAAGUAUUGCUGAUAGAUCAUGUUACACAUUUAAAUCUACUUAUACAUUUUAUUUACUGCAUGCUCAACUGCCCCCCUUAAAUCACAUCAAAAUUAUUUCGUAGCCUUAGCUUCUUAAGCAAGAAACUAUUGGCCCCUUUUGACUAUGUAGGGGAUAGUGAGGAUGAAACCGAGUGCUAAUUGUGCAGAUUUACUUACUCAGCUUUUACUAACCGCGUGGUCCUUCUUUUCCUGUAGGUGUGUGCAGUGUUGUGCAAAAAGAGCACUACACCACAUUUGAUGGAAAAAGUUACCAGUUCAAACAGGACUGUGAUUACAUCUUGGUCAAAGAGAUUGUGAACCAACGCAACCUGACCAUCAUAGUGGAUAAUCAACAGUGUGAUCCUAGCAACACCACCUUCUGUCCCCAGGACAUCAUUGUUUAUUUCCAGUCGUACAAGAUAUUUUUGACUCAAUUUGAGGACAGAGGCCUUGCAGUGAGUACUAUUAGACUUUCUUAGGAAGUGUUUCUUAAGUGUUAUUAUUUCACUUCAUUGUUAUAUUGGCACUUUUUUAAUCAGUCACAUAAAGUGGACUGUCUUUGUGAACUCAGAGUAAGAAAUGUCACUCUUUUUUCUACUUUGUCCCUGUCCUGCAGGUAUACGUGAAUGAAAAACGUAUCUAUCCUGCAUUCAGCAAUUCUGACCUGCUCCUCACUAGCACAGAUCUAGAGAUCACUCUGGAUAUUCUGAAAAUCAAGACAAAAGUAACUUAUAGAAAAUUGUCAUUCAGUAUCAAGCUUCCCUCUUCCCUCUUUGGUGGGAAUACUGAAGGACAGUGUGGUGAGUUGCCAGUAUAUAUAUACUACUGUUACCCUCCUAACUCUGUUUAAAAAGCUAUUUGAAAUAUUUAAAUGCUGCCACAUGAACACACUAAUAGGCAAAGGGCCAACCUAGAAUUAGGAUUUGAACAAUGAAUACUAAGUAAUGCAGCUGACAGGUAUUACAGAGAAAAACCAUGGCAUCCUUGUAUUGUAUCUCUCCUGGUAAAAAACAAACAAAGAAAAAAACUGGUGGAGCUUAUCUUUUAAAUCAUGUUUGAUUAUGGUGAUGGUGUUGCACAUGUACACCUCUGCUCACAGAGAUUUAUUUGUUUUCUCACCAUUGUACUUAAGAUUCUUAGGCCAGUUACACUGCUUUAAGUACAUGGCUGGUUCCAGCAUAGGCAUCAAUUAAUUUAUAUAGCCAUCCUGGGAAAAUGCCUGCUCACCAUUUAUCUCUUUUAAUCAUGAAAGAUGGAAUCCACAACCUUGUUUGAGGGACAGGAUUGAAUAUGUUCAUCCCAACAUUGGAAUUGAGCUAGGAGUAAAGUUUUUAAUUUGCAGAUCUUAGCAUGAAUGUUUUCCAAACCUUGUUAAACCCCCAAAUCUAGACUUUCUGCCAUUAUUAAAACAAGUUUAGUGUUACUAGUCUUGUUAAGAAGAUAUAAUCUUGUGUUUCUUCAAGGUGCUUAACAAUCCUUCUCCUUCUCUAGGGAGCUGUGACAACAUUCAGACCAAUGACUGCCGUUCUCCAAAUGGAGUUGUGGAAAGCUGCUCAAUCUCUGCCGGCGAGUGGGUCGUCACAGAGACAACCUGUGAGGUCCCCACACAACCCCCAGUGACCACAACAUCACCAGUGACCACCCCAAAACCCACAACACCAUACCCAUGUAAACCUGCUAUCUGUGAACUCCUGACCAGGUGAGAGGGUACAGACAUCUGCUCUGUUAACUGUAAACUGUGAAAAAAAAAACUGUAAAUUAAAUUAAAAAUCAUCAGAAUCUGACUGAAAUCUCUGUACAUCUCGCUACAUUAUUUAAAAAGUUGGCGUGUUUGGACAUAUCAAAAGGUGUAAUAACAUAGAAGUGUUUAUGUAAGGGUUGUACUAAAGACUUAGGAUAAAAAUUUGUGGCAAAAAAAAAAUAUUUUCAGAAUACCAACAUCUUGGUGUUAGGGCAGUGAGGACAUUUUUUGGAUAGUUGAACAAGUUCAGUCAACAUGUGACUAAAACAGUGAAACAAAGAAUGAGGCAUAUGUUCCAACUUGUGCUUGUGUUUUCCUUCCAGUCUUUUUGAACCAUGCAAUGCAGUUGUACCCCCGGGCCCUUACGUCGCAUCCUGUCAGUCUGACAUCUGUGAUAGUACCAAUGCUACUGUCAAUGCCAGCUGUUCCAGCCUAGAGGCCUAUGCUGCAGAGUGCUCAAGUAAAGGAGUCUGUAUUGAUUGGAGGAAUGCUACCAAUGGACAGUGUGGUAAGAUUCUUGGUCCAUUCAAAAAAUAAAGACUUAUCCUGCAUGGUCUUAAAAAUGUGUAUUAAAAUAUAUUUUAAUUUCCCAGAGCACAACUGUCCUGACAACAAAGUGUACAAAGCCUGUGGCCCCAGUGUAGAGCCAACAUGCAAUGACAGGUAAAGUCUAUUUUGUGUCAAUUGAUAUUCAUAUUAAAACAUUUUAGAGUCACUUAACUGAAUGCAUGUCUUUUUGCCCCAUGAAAAGCAUUGAGUUUUACAAAGUCUUUUUUCAGAAGCUAAAUGUAAAUUUUUACAAAAAUCAGAACAAACAUUGUGUUGCACUAAAUGGAAAGAAGUCUUACGAGCACACAGUCAAUUCAGCAGUUUUAAUAUGGUGAAAAUAUAGUGUUUCAUCUGUGUACAAGUUUGAUUGAACAAUUGUUCUUGACAGUCUUGAAAGUUUCUAAAAUGCACUGCGUUUGUUCCACUCCAGCACCAUUAAAAAAAGCCAGAUAUUCAAUAGGUUUUUAAGGUUGUGAAGUAGAUAUCUCAUGAAUGAUUGAUAAACACACUUUCGAGUUAAAAGUUAUGCAACUGAAGAAAUGAACUAUACUUUGGUAAGAUUGUCUGAUUCGGACUUUAUCCUCUAUGAAGGUUUACACUCUCUUUGUGAAAACUGCUGUUUUUGACCAUCAUUCAAAAAGAGUUCACUUAACACUUUAUCGAUAAUCAAUUUCAUGUCUAUCAUUAGAUACAACAAUAAGUUCAAAGCAGGAGAUACAACAUCAUCUACCAUCCUCCAGGAGGGUUGCUACUGUCCUGAGGGAACCACCUUAUUCAACCAAGUCUAUGAAACAUGUGUCCCCUCAUGCGGUAAGCAGAAGCCCUUGAAUAAUCUUGAUUUUUAUGAGUCAACACCAACACAUCUGCAAACUAAUGGUCUCUAUUUGAAACUCAGAUUGUGUUGGACCUGAUGGAAGACCAAAACUGGUGAGAGCUCAGCCUCAAACAUACAAAACUAAGUGCACCAUCAAAGGAGAGCUGCGUGUACAACCUGGUCUCUCUCUCUUUCUCUCUCUCUCUGUCUCUCGUUCUCUCUCCCAAAUAGCCUGGUGAAACAUGGACCAGUGGCUGCAAGGUCUGUGAAUGUGACAAGGACUCAAUGGGUGUCCAUUGUGAGGAAGCACCAUGCCCUACACAGGAGAUUCCUGACUGCAGCGAGCCCGGACAGAAGCUGGUUACUAAGACAGAUGGCUGCUGCUCCACACAUUCAUGUGGUUAGUGUAUAGUGUGUGUAGUGUAAUGAACUUACAGCUGUUGAUAAAUUAGUACAUUAUCAAAAUCAUCCUGUCCUCUUCUCUCCAACAGAAUGUGAUGUAGCCCUGUGUCCUGAACCAAUGACAUGUCCACUUGGCUUCAACCUCACAGUUAAACCUGGAGUCUGCUGCCAGUCCUACGUUUGUGGUAUGUGACUAUCAGUUUGUAUCUACAACAGUAAACAAUCCUCUGUGGUAAUAGACAGUGGAGGUUUUAUUAACCACAUCAAUCAUCUAAGUGUUGUUGCGCAAACUCCAUAGCCGAUGUCUGAACAAGGCCUAGAUGUGAGAUAAAAUAAAUACUUUUUUUUUUCCUCAAGCCCAUAAUAGAAAAAUAUUAACCAGGCUUCAGUUAAGGUAUCGUUAUUGCUCUGAAAACUUUUGUUGUUCCCAUCAUGAAACCAAGACAUAUCCCUUGUCUUUUCAUUGAUCUUUUCCAACACAUACAAGUGGAUUGCAAAUAAGUGUGCAUGAAUAUGCACAUGGCUUUCUUUUCUCACACACUUCUACAAACAGACUAUAUUCUUACCAAUGAACCAGCAGUCUCCCUGCUUCAAAUGAGUGCCACCUGUGCUGUUGUCAGGUUGGGGCUGUUUUUGAGCAUUCCACAAGUCCACAGAGCCACUUAUGAGCAUCACUCAUUUCGUAUUGUGUAUACUGAAACUUUUUUUGUAAUUUACUACUUUAUUUAUUAUUGACUUUGCAAAAUACACAUGUCAAACAACACAUUUUGCAUUUUUUUUACCUUAUUUGAUGUCUAAAUCUUCUCACUGGAAAAAAAUUGUUGUGGUUGUACUGUCUAUCAUGAGUUGAGUUGUUAUUUUAUGUUAACAUUGUGUGAAUUAAUGAAUAGCAGAUAACCAGCAAACAGGUCAAUUAAAAAAAAUUCUGUUCACUUUUCAUGAUCGAGUCUUCACAUGAAAAUUAAACGGCUUUUUCAGCAAUGUGCCAUUAAUCAGCAUGCCUGAAACCACUCAAUAAUAAUCUAACCUUGUUUGCCUCUGCAGUGCCCAAAGGUGUAUGUGUCUAUGAAGGUACUGAGUACAUGGUAAGUGUGCAGCUUUACAUCCUGCAUUAAGGAAUAAAUCUUGACAGUACAAAGGUAGAAAAGAAGAGAAAAGCAGACAAGCAGAGGGUGUUAAUAGCAGGUUGAAAAGGAAUGGAUAAUGUAAAGUGAGUGAGUUGCCAAAAAAGAAUGAACUAACUAUAUGUUACCUUACAAACCUCAAAAAAGAUUGGUUGCUAAUGCUCAUAGAAAACUGAGGAUUUCCACUGGUUGUGGUGUAAGACAAGAUACCACAUCUGAUUUGGCUGAUAAGUGAAAAAAAUUGUGAGGGUCUGGUGAUAUCAUUGUCCCAAUUCACCACCUAGGAACUUUAAUAUUUUCUGUAUUGGCUUACUUCAUAUGUCAUCUACAGUUUUUGUUCAUUCUUUUUUCCGCACUGUAAACCGAUGAGUAUCACACUAUUUGGAUGUCUCUGUGCUCAUUGACAUAUUCAAAGUUACUCCAUCUAAGUCUCUAAUCAUGACUGCGGUCAGUGAUCAUUGGUCUGCUUUUUGAAAUACCAGAGAAAAGCUUCUAUAAAAGGCCCAUCAGACCCAAUAUUUAAAACAGCCAUGUAAUAACUCUGGAAUAACAGUCAGCAUGUAGCCCAGUAGAUUAACAGUCAGAUUGGCUAGAAAAACCAAGAAAAAAGUUUGGGCUAUGCAGGUUUGGAAAACAAAGACAGAAACAACCAGGCAAGAUGGUCCGACUAGAAUCUAUAAGGUCUAUAACAUCACUUACAAAAAAAAAAAUAAAUAAAUAAAAAAUAAAAAUACCCCAAGUACAUUUUAAUUUUUAGUUUAGUUCUAUUAAGGAAUUUUUAUUUCCAUUGUCUUUCUCACAAAAAAUUACCUCUGGAUUACCAAAUUUUUUUCUGUUGGUCUUAUAGAGAUCAGAUUUAAAAUAACAUAAAUAAAAACUACAUAAAAUAUGUAAAAGUAAACAAACUAUUUUUUUUCCAGCCUGGCACUAAAGUACCAACAGAUACAACUACAGGACCAACAACAACACCAGGACAACCAUCAAGAACCACACCAGCUGGACCUAGGCAACCAGGAGCAACCACAGGUGGAGCUGGUCAACCUGCAGGCACAACAGGAGGGGCUGGGCAGCCAGGAGUAACUACAGGUGGAGCUGGUCAACCAGGAGCAACCACAGUUGGAGGUGGACAACCUUCAGGAACAACAGGUGGUGCUGGUCAACCAGGAGCAACCACAGUUGGAGGUGGACAACCAGCAGGAACCACAGGUGGUGCUGGUCAACCUGCAGGAACCACAGUCAGAGGUGCUGGUCAACCAGGAGGAACCACAGUUGGAGGUGGACAACCAGCAGGUACAACAGGAGGUGCUGGUCAACCAGGAGGAACCACAGUUAGAGGUGCUGGUCAACCAGGAGCAACCACAGUUGGAGGUGGACAACCAGCAGGAACAACAGGUGGAGCUGGUCAACCAGGAGCAACCACAGUUGGAGGUGGACAACCAGCAGGAACAACAGGUGGUGCUGGGCAACCUGCAGGGACCACAGUUAGAGGUGCUGGUCAACCAGGAGGAACCACAGUUGGAGGUGGACAACCAUCAGGAACAACAGGAGGUGCUGGUCAACCAGGAGGAACCACAGUUGGAGGUGGACAACCUUCUGGAACAACAGGAGGUGCUGGUCAACCAGCAGGAACCACAGUUAGAGGCGGUGGUCAACCAGGAGCAACCACAGUUGGAGGUGGGCAACCAGCAGGAACCACAGGUGGUGCUGGUCAACCUGCAGGAACCACAGUUAGAGGUGCUGGUCAACCAGGAGGAACCACAGUUGGAGGUGGACAACCUUCAGGAACAACAGGAGGUGCUGGUCAACCUGCAGGAACCACAGUUGGAGGUGGGCAACCAGCAGGAACAACACUUGGAGGUGGUCAACCAGCAGGUACAACAGGAGGUGCUGGUCAACCAGGAGCAACCACAGUUGGAGGUGGACAACCAGCAGGAACAACACUUGGAGGUGGACAACCAGCAGGGACAACACUUGGAGCUGGUCAACCAACAGGAACCACAGUUGGAGGUGGACAACCAGCAGGAACAACACUUGGAGGUGGACAACCAGCAGGUACAACAGGAGGUGCUGGUCAACCAGGAGGAACCACAGUUGGAGCUGGACAACCAGCAGGAACAACACUUGGAGGUGGACAACCAGCAGGAACAACACUUGGAGGUGGACAACCAGCAGGAACCACAGUUGGAGGUGGGCAACCUGCAGGAACAACACUUGGAGGUGGGCAACCAGCAGGAACAACAAUUGGAGGUGGGCAACCAGCAGGGACAACACUUGAAGCUGGUCAACCUUCAGGAACCACAGUUGGAGGUGGGCAACCAGCAGGAACAACACUUGGAGGUGGGCAACCAGCAGGGACAACACUUGGAGCUGGUCAACCUUUAGGAACCACAGUUGGAGGUGGGCAACCAGCAGGAACAACACUUGGAGGUGGGCAACCAGCAGGAACAACACUUGGACUUGGGCAACCAGCAGGGACAACACUUGGAGCUGGUCAACCAGCAGGAACCACAGUUGGAGGUGGACAACCAGCAGGAACAACACUUGGAGGUGGGCAACCAGCAGGGACAACACUUGGAGCUGGUCAACCAGCAGGAACCACAGUUGGAGGUGGACAACCAGCAGGAACAACAAUUGGAGGUGGACAACCAGCAGGGACAACACUUGGAGCUGGUCAACCUUCAGGAACCACAGUUGGAGGUGGGCAACCAGCAGGAACAACACUUGGAGGUGGACAACCAGCAGGAACAACACUUGGAGGUGGGCAACCAGCAGGAACAACACUUGGAGGUGGACAACCAGCAGGAACAACACUUGGAGGUGGGCAACCAGCAGGGACAACACUUGGAGCUGGUCAACCAGCAGGAACCACAGUUGGAGGUGGACAACCAGCAGGAACAACAAUUGGAGGUGGACAACCAGCAGGGACAACAGGUGGUGCUGGUCAACCAGCAGGAACCACGGUUAGAGGCGGUGGUCAACCAGGAGCAACCACAGUUGGAGGUGGACAACCAUCAGGAACAACUCCUUCUAGUCUUGGACCCCCUAUUAAACCUGGCCCUUGUCAGGAGUGUUAUUGUGGCCCAAAGAUGGAUCCAGUCACCAAGCUUAACAUCAUUCACUGCAAACCUAUUGUUUGCAACAAAACCUGUCCAGAGGUAAACAUUUUUUAACAAAUGCACAGUAAUUUUGUCUUUUUGUGAUUCUUAUGUACCUUUUUAGGAAACCCCAUUAGCAUUAUGAGACACAUUAGCCUAUCAGGAUUUAAGUUAUAAUACUUAAGUUAUAAUAUUAAGUUUAGUUAUAAUAUUUAUAUUAUAUUUAUAUAAUAAAUCACUUGUAAUCUUCCAUUGUUAUAGACAUUGUGAUGAUGCAAGCUGUCAGGUGCUGUGCUCCUGACAGCAUCUAGUUUUUCCAACCUCACCUUAUAUUUCUCUGCUUCCAGGGUUUUGAAUACGAGGAUCAGCCUGAAAAGUGUUGUGGAAAGUGUGUCCAGAAGAGUUGCUUCCUCAUUGCACCUGACAACAAAACACAUAUCAUUGAGGUCAGUUAUGGCACUGAUUUAGUAUUUUCAUACACUUAAAAAAAAAUACUAUAUAUAUGUAUAUAUAUAUAUAUAUAUAUAUAUAUAUAUAUAUGCAGAAUGCCACUUUCAUCAGAAAGACCUGAGAGUUCUGAAAUGUUAUCAGAGAGAUCCAUAAGAUAUGUAUAUUACAGUUAUCACACACACAUACACACUCACACCCACUUCCAUUUUCUUGUCAGCACAAAUGCAGCUGCAUUAAAACUUAGUUAGGUUUGCAAGAUAGGCAUUGGAUACGAUCACACAUUGUUAGCUGAUUUUACUUUUGCUUUCUGUUAUUUCACAGGUCAACGAAACAUUUACUCUUCCUGGUGAAAAGUGUGUGGAGUAUGCCUGUGCUAAUAUCAAUGGACAGCUCAUCACUCAGGAGACCAAAACUGCUUGUCCCAAAUUUGACCCCCUGGAUUGUGAACCUGUGAGUAAAUCAGACCUCUGCAGUUUAUACACCUGACCUGUCUCAACACACCGCCCAUAUCUUACACAUGUGUCUUCCUCCUCCAGGGUACAGAGACAACUGACUCUAGUGGAUGCUGCAAAACCUGUAAGUUAGUAGGGACAUAUUUUAGAAUAAUUACUCCUAAUUAAAAGGACAAAGCUGUGUCAUUGUUAGAACAUGUUGGAACUAUUAAAAGAACCGUUGCUGUGUCUUACAGGCAAGCUGCGUAGUGUGUGUGAACUCGAAAGUAAGCUUGAAGUCAUCAAGGUGAAUGACUGCAAGAGCAAGCAGCCGGUCAACAUGACAUACUGUGCUGGUCACUGUGGAAGCAAGUCCAUGUAAGUGUUUUAACAACCAGAUUUGAAGUUCAGCUGUAUCUGCAAAGCCACUUAAACACUUCUGUGUACUCAAUUGUGGUCCUUGAUGAGAAAACAGGUUUUGCCUGCAUGUGAGUUCAUUUUUUUUACCUCCAAUUUCAUGAAAAGUGGCCAGAUGCACUUGGUUUUCCAGGUUCAGAAGCUUCUUGUGCACUGCUGUAAACUAGAAAAUUCACUCUGGAAAUUUUAGAAUUGGCCACAGGGGCUACUGCUGGGGUGUGUACAUUAGGAUAAGAUUUUUCUAUAGAUUUUAAAUAAUCUUAGUAGCAUUGUGAUAUUAUAAACAAGGAGCACAGCUACAACAAUCAUUCCCUUUUUAGGAUUUAAUAAUCCAACAAAUAACCAGUCUGAGCAGUAGAAAUUUACACACACACACACACACACACACACACACACACACACACACACACUUUGCCUCUGUUAUUACCUACGAGGGAGGUUCAGAUGCAGAGCGACUUUCCCCCAAAGUAUCAUCUUUAGUCGUUACAAAUUGCAAACAAGUCAUAGCAGGAGCAUAAAUGUUUCACCAUGAAAAAUGGCAAUGUGCAAGGAUUGAAUCAGAAGACACACUAGUCAAUCUUUGAGGAGGGUAUUCUGUUGCACAGUGACUAAAGCCCGCUUUUCCAUGAUGCAUCCAUGAUUAUCUUAAUAGAUAAUCUGCUUAAUAUAACCUUGGUAAGUAGAACUCUGUUGUACUGUUGGGAUUCAUUUGCUCUGCAGUGGGUCAUAAAGCUGAAGCACUCCACCAGUACAAAAGAGAUUCAGUAUUGUGUACUGUUGUAAUCACUGGAUAUGUGUGUAUUUUUGCAGAUAUUCAGCUGCUGCUAACGGGAUGAUGCACGAGUGCCAGUGUUGCCAAGAAGCCACGACCAGUGAAGGGAAGGUGGAGCUUGACUGUGCAGAUGGUUCCAAGGUUUCUCACACCUACACCAUAGUGGAGAGCUGUCACUGCCUUAAAGCAGAGUGUGUGGGAGGAACAACAUAUGUCCCGAUAAAGCGCCGCAGAAGACGUUGAUCA